UGUAGAGGCGGUGGCGGGGUCAAAGUUUACGUACACGCUGUGACUGAUGAACAGGCGGCACUACUUACAGAUACAGUGAACACACGCCGCCUGGAGGAGGUAAAGAAAACUACAGGCGCUGAUGUAGAGUUUGACCCCAACCCCUCACCUGUACCAUGUGUGAAGACUCUUAUCAUUAGCGGUCUUCCUUCUCCGAUCGAGGAGACAGUCAGGCUCAUCAGCAAGAAGACUGGUUUAAAUGACCCAUUACCAGACCAGGCCCAGACAUUCUGGAUAAAGUGGGUGGAGGCCGCGUUCCCUGAUCUCGACUCUCGCGCCUACUUCCUGCCUCCUGUCUACGUCAACCGCGUGCCCAUGACUAGACAGGCAGCUGCUGGUCAGGAGGUUCUCGUCCUUACAUCAUCACCUGGACAGGCUGGUCAGUCUAACCAAGUGCCGACGAGUUCAUCUUCUGCUGCUCAUCCGUCCAUUCCUCAGCCUCCUCGCCUUCAGGACAGUGAUGUCAGAGACGAUGCUGCCAUGCAGCGGAUGUUUGUUUGUCUCCAGAAAAUGUUUGAAGAGAACAGAGAUGUGAUGGUUGGAAUGACUCAGCUUCAGUUCCGACAGUACCUGGGUGAACCUUGUUACGCUGCCGCCGCUACCCACCUACCCCGACCCUCCAACCUUCCUCCUUCUCUACCACACAACUGGAAACAGGGAGACUUUGAUGUGCUUCUCAUUCAUCGACAGUACGGACUGGUAGUCUGUGAAGUGAAGGCAGUGGGUGACAAUAUCCAGUCUGUAAACAUGUCACAGCAGGAUGUAGACAAGAACAUUAGACAGAAACUGAGUAACGCCGUGUCACAGCUGGACAAGGCGGAGGCCAUGUUGUCUCACCUGGUGUCCGACAUCGCUCCCGGUCUGCCCGUCACUAAGGUCAUCGCCUUCCCCAACCUCACGGCUCGUCAACUUCAACAGGCUAUCUCCGGUGACAACCUCCUCAUUCAGAUCCCUCCAACAUCCCAGGUCUGUGUCUGUGUUCUGAUCAGUUGUCUGACCCCAAGACCCCGUGCGACGUCAGAAGUCACGUGCUGAGUGAACUCGGACACUGGUGGCAGCGACGUGUGGCUGGGGCUGGACCUGUCAGUCACAUGACACCUGAGUUGUACAAGACACUGGUAGCCAGGUUCUGUGGUCCGGCGACAACAGUGACUGUGCCAUGUACAAG